UCCACGCCCGCCGCCGCGGACACACGCCCAGACGUCAGACGCCAGACGGCUGCUCGCGCUGCCGGCACGCCGCUACCAGCGACUCCACAAGUUGGCGUGCCUGACUACAAAAUGGGCGACUCAUCCACGGCAUGUUUCGGUUGGCUGGCUCUGGUGCUGGUAUUACUUACAUUGGCUCCAGGGACCAGCGCUCGCAGGGCUGUCAAUCGCACGGAGCUCAUGCGCCUAAUGGCGCAAUACUACGGCUACGGAGACGCUUUCCUCAAGACAGAUGACCGCGCAAUGCCCAUUACGAACAAGGAGCGCCUGAAGAAGGACUGGUGCCGGACGGAGCCGCUGGUGCAGAAGGUGCGCGACGAGGGCUGCGUGUCCAAGUCGGUGGUGACGAGCUUCUGCUACGGCCAGUGCAACUCGUUCUACGUGCCCAAGGUGCACGCGUGGCGCGCCGGCCGCCGGCCACACGACUACCCCCCGGACGAGGCGGCUUUCGCCUCCUGCGCGCAGUGCCGUCCCAAGAGGGCUGCCUGGCUCUCCGUCACGCUGCACUGCCCCUCCUACACCACCCCCACGCCAGGUGAGGGCGGCGCUCCGGCGAGGAUUUCGAGAAGGCGCGUGCAGCGAGUGAAGCAGUGCCGGUGUAUGGCUUCGCCGUGAAGGAGGUGUCGGCAGCUUCGCGAAGUUGGUCCUGCUUCGCCAGCACAGCAAGCCUGGAGGUCUCGUCCACAGAGCAGCCAAACAACCAACGCCUGACUCACCAGCCCUAACAGUCCUCCUGGCGGCAGAGCUUCCACUGGCUUCGGAGUACACCGUCUACGUUCGAGAUGUGCAGAUGAUUCGUAGAGGCACCGUAUACUGUGGUCCCUGCUUUAGCGCUACAAAAAUACGUAAUACGCUUGCCCGUACGCUUAUUGUAUUCGUGCCUUUCUGCGUUUGACAUGUUUAAUGUUUGUGUAUAGUUAGCCACUUCUCGUUCUUGUGCGUACGCAGAUAUACAUAAGAUGUCAUCCAACCUUCGGUUCUGCAGUUACAAAGUAUUGUGUUGACCUACGCGACGCGUCAGCGUACACGACAGUAUGGCAAAUGGAACCACAACCUAUAUUGUCAGCUGAAAUAUCCGCGCCGGACCAGGACUAACAUGAUCUGUAAAAUUCAUGAACAACGCUGUCUGAUCUGAGCUUUUUGAUCAGUCAUUCACGAAACCAGUACAUCUCUCUGCUCUGGUACCGUAAGAAUCUGAGCUGAUUGUGAGUAAUUGUGUAACAAAGUGACAUAUUUGUCUCAAAAUGAAAAAGCUUGUAAAGAAGAUUUCUGGUGGUAUUAAUUCUAUACAUUCCAUUGGAGACUAUUAAAUUUUCUCUGCUGCUGGUCAGUGAAGCAAAAUAAUCACUCGUUACACUUGAAUAUUGACAGUGAACAGCCGCUAGGAAUGGUACGGUGUAGAAGCUGUCACAAAUAACUUUUUGAACCGGAUGCAAAUUUAAAAAAAAUGUUAAGCAGGUGUUGUUUACUUACCGGAGGUAGGCGUGUGUGGGUGUGUGUGGGGGGGGGGGGGGGAUAGUGCGCAUUAACUAGCAUAGUUGACUUACUUGACUUAUGUUCCAAUAAUUGGAACACCGGUGUUCGAUGAAGGGUCAACAGUGGACUCGAUUUUGCCUAAUGAUGCGACUAUUCCGUACGAUUGCCACUUGUUUUCCAUUUCCCCCCUUAUUUAAUCAAUAUUAUUUGUGACGCUUUAGCAUAAAUCCGUUUUAAAAUCUUCUUGCUGCUCUUCUGUUCUUCAAUGAAGUGUGACUAUGAAAUUUUUAUGUAUUUUUUAACGAAUGAUAUGUUUAGGUACAGAGGUUUUUGAUCACGUCUAUUUUUCGACAAAACGCAGUAGAAGCCGAAUCUCCUUCAAGAAAAACUAUUCUGGAGAGUAUUAAUCAUCAUAUUUUCAUCUCGAUUUCCUCAAAUCUCCUGGCACCGGCAUCCAAAGCACUACUUCCAAUCUUUUUCCGUUCUUGUAGAGUAAUGGUUAACUAUGGCAAGUCCAUUGAAAUCUGUUCUGUGGUUGAAGUAAGUGUGUAAUGUUACAAUAUCAUAAAAAAAGUAAGCCUUUAUCUUAAUUUCAGGAAACUUAUUUGAUACCAAUGCGUGUUUUUUAGAAAGAACACUUAUGAUGCAACUAGUAGUACCUACUGCCAUUUUAUAUUUACUGAGCGUUGUAAAUUAAUUAUCUUAUAAGAAUGAGUGCGUAACUGUCGGAAUGAAACCUUCAAACUGUGCCGAGCACUAGGUAAGUUUUUCGUCCUAUAAAAUACAACGAUUAUGCUUCGAUGUAGCGUAAUGAAACAACGUAAUUCGUAUUUAUAAUAACGUAAUUUUACUAAUUUUAUGUACUCGUUCGUAUAAAAGGCUGUGAAACUACAAAUUUUGUGGUUAUAAAUAUUGUAGUUGUAGAUACAUUCCAAACACAAACUGUCGCUGUAAGGGAAACGCAUUUUAAGAGUUAUUAGACUACUGGUAAAAGACUAGUCUCGCGGUGUUGUAACUAUUGAUGUUUCUCUGCUGUAAUAAGAGAAUAAGAUGUUUUUAUGAAUGUUAUUGUUUGCUACAAUCAGCAUGAAGACUGAGCACACAAAAAUGCUCUUAGAUUAAUGGAAGCUUACACUUAAAUACGUAAAAAUAUAUUGUUGCAAUUUGUAUGUAAGUGUAGUAGUAGCGAGCAUACAAUUACAGACUGAGCUGGUGAGAUGCCACACACAAUAAUUGCACGCGCUGUCGGAUUGUAUUCAUAAUGUUUUACAUAAUGGCAUUAAAAAAGAACAUUGUCACUCAUCUCUUGUAUUAAUUGAAUAAAUAAAGAAACAAAUGUCUUGAACUCAA